AUGGGGGGAGGAGUGGAGGGGGGGUGGGCUGUGGGGCGUGGAAGAAGCCCCACAGCCCCCAACGAGGGCGGGCGCAACGUGGUUGUGGGCGCCUGGGAUGACGGAAGAGAUCCGGUGGCAGACGGAGGGCGGGCAGGGGGGGAUGGGGUGAGGAGCGGCAGGGGAGGCAGGGGCGGCAGGGGAGGCAGGGGGAGGGGGAGAGGAAGGGAGGGAGGGGGGGCGGUGGGGGGUGGUGGAGGAGGUGCAGUGGGUUCAGCGGGAGGUGGAGGAGAGGCGGAGGGAGAGGGUUUGGGGUCUUUCUUGCUUGAGGACAACGGCCGCUCACACCAGCAUGCUGCAAAACCAUUCUCGGAUCCAACAGCGGAAGCAGCAUCCCUUGCCCUCCCAGCGGAAGCGACAUCCCUUUCCCUCCCAGCGGAAGCAGCAUCCCUUGCCCUCCCAGUGGAAGCAGCAUCCCUUGCCCUCCUAGUGGAAGCGGCAUCCCUUUCCCUCCCAGCGGAAGCAGCAUCCCUUUCCCUCCCAGUGGAAGCGGCAUCCUUUGCCCUGCCAGCGGAGGCGGAAGCGGAUUUGGAAGGGAAGGGAAAGGACGCUCCUGCUGCUGCUGUUACAGCAGGCACCGCAACUGUCGGCAGGAGAAGAGGGAGGAGUGCCACUGUGACGGCUGCAGCUGAGGGGGGCGACGCAGAGAGGGGAGACGCAGAGAGGGGAGGAGCAGAGGGGGCAGACGGCGUUAAGGCGGUUGACAAGGCGAUAGGUGCUGGAGGUGCGGAGGGGAAGCAGGGGGAGGAGGAGGGAGUGAAAGGGAUGUGGGGACGCACAGGGAGAAGAAGAGGCAGAAUUGGGGAUGAGCAAAAGGAGGAGAAGGUGGGAGAGGGAAAGGAGGUGGGGAGAGAGGAGGAAAAGGUAGGAGAGGAGGAGGGGAGGAGAGCGGAGGAGGAGAAAAGAGAGGAGGAGAUGAGUGAGGAGGAGGAUGAGGAGGAGGAGGGGAUGGAGUGGUUGGGUGGGGUUGGAGGAACGGGAACAGAGGGGAGGGGCCACAAGGAGGAGGAGGAGAAGGUGGAGGUGGGGGAGGAGGAGGGGGAUAGUGAGGGGGACGAGGAGCACAGGGCGCUGCAUGCGGCGUUGAAGGAAGUGCAGACGGCAGUUGAUAGCUCGGGUGGAGGCGCAUGGCAUGCCUCUGCGUCACCAUCUCCUCUCCCUGCACCAUGCCCCUCAAUUUCUGAGACGUAUCAACCGUUUGUGUGCUCUGUUGCGUGCUGCUCUCCCCAUGCCCUCCCCCAUCAGCUGGUGGAGGCGCAUGGCAUGCCUCUGCGUGACCAUCUCAUCGCUCUUCACCAUGCCUCCUCGACCGCUGCUGCUGCUUCUGUGCUGGUCGCCCUGUCCCCUCCCCGUUACCCCUUGCCCCGCCCUGUCCCCCUUCACCUGUGCCCCCCCCCCCGUCAGCUGGUGGAAGCACAUGGUAUGCCUCUCUGUGACCAUCUAAUUGCUCUCCACCAUGCCUCCUCAACCACUGCUCUUACUGCCUCUGUGCUGAUCGCCCUGUCCCCUCCCCAUCCCCCCUCCCCCCGCCCGGUCCAUGCCCCUAUCUCAGUUGGUAGAGGCACAUGGCAUGCUGCUGCAUGGUCGUCUCGUCUCCCUCCAACCACCAUGCAUUCUGAGUUUGGUUGUGUUCCGUGUUGCGUGCUGCUCCCCCCAUCACCCCCCCGUCAGCUGGUAGAGGCGCAUGUCAUGCCUCUGCGUGACCAUCUCGUCUCCCUCCGCCAUGCCUUCUCGAUUAUUGAGACGUCUCAACCGUUUGUGUGCUCUGUCCCUCUUCUGGUGGAAGCACAUGGCAUGCCUCUGCGCGAGCACCUCAUUGCUCUCCACCAUGUCUCCUCAACCGCUGCUGCUGCUGCUGCUGCUGCUGCAGCCGCUGGUGCUGCCCCUGGUGCUGGAAGAGAGCACAUGCUCCUCGUGCCCCGUGUCAACCCCUGCGUGGACACUCCCCUCACCCCUCCUGUCAAGAGUACACACAUGCCUUCUGAUGUGCACACACCUAAUCCACAGUCACCACCCUCUGCUGACGCUGCCGCUGCCGCUGACGCUGCCGCUGCCGCUGCCGCUGCCGCUGCCGCUGCCGCUGCCGCUGCCGCUGCCUCUGCUGCUGAUGCGGAUGCCACUCCUUUGCCAGAUGCAUCUGGCGUGGCACCCUCUAACACCCUAACCAAUGUAUCCUCCUCCGCGCUGGCCUCCCCAAGUCCAUCGAUCCCCAUCCAAGGCGUGGUAUCAACCCGACUCCGCAAGAUGGACCUUCUCCUGAAAACCAUCACUGCACUCUGCAUCGGCCAGUCAUUCUCCUCAACAAAUGUUCCCUCUUCACUAUCCCAGCCCCACCUAGCUCUGCUCUUCCUGCACGUGCUUCACCUCCUGGCGGACCACUCCCACCUGCUGCCCCUGCACGCCGCAGCGCUCAGAGCCCUCUCUGCCAUCGCUGCUUGCAGCAGCAGCAGUGAGAAGGGCUGCCCACCUAGCGCUGCUCUUCCUGCACGUGCUUCACCUCCUGGCGGACCACUCCCACCUGCUGCCGCUGCGCACUGCAGCUCUCAGAGCGCUCGCUGCCAUCGCCGCUUGCACCAGCAGUCAGGGGGGGCUGUCUUCCUCAGCGUGCCUUUCACCUGCUGCCACUGCACACUGCGGCGCUCAGAGCCCUCACUGACAUUGCCACUUGCAGCAGCAGUGAGAAGGACUAGUGCCUCUGACGGUGAUUUCAUUCAAAGGCACCUCUCCCUCUCGUGCUCGCCCUCCCGGCUGCCUUUGCCUGCCUGCUCUCGCUUCCGCCACCAUUGUGCUGCCUUGAUGCUGCACCUCAUGGAGAAAGGGGAGGUACCAUUACCUGCUGCUGAUCCCACUCCGCCGCCCAUCCAGCUGUCAGCAGAUCAGAUCAUAUCCUCCUUCGUAUCAAAUCCCGCCAACAAGCCCACCUCCCCCGGAUGCGACCUCCCCCUGCUGCUGCACAAGCUCUACCUCCUCGACGUGUGCCUCGGCCAAUCGCAGCCCGCCACGUCAGCGCACGCCAUGCGGGACUGGCUGACGUGGCUGCAGGCCGCUGCAACUAAGCUUUCCACCACAGACACGAGGACAGGUGCCGGCCAGGUGCGGCACUGGGCGUUUUUCCUUCGCACCAAGCACCGCGUAUUGGCCUCCCAACUCUAG